GGCGCGACUCCGGGAUUCGUGGUGGAGCUGGAGACUCGUAACGCGUCUGCAGUCAGCCACUCUCCACAAGCUUUACCUAUCGGAGCAGCCAUGGUGAGGGGGAGCUGGGGGCGCUCGAGGAGUCCACGCGUGAGUGCAUCUCCAUUCAUGUGGGCCAGGCUGGGGUCCAGAUGGGCAAUGCCUGCUGGGAACUCUACUGCCUGGAGCAUAACAUCCAGCCUGAUGGCACCGUGCCCAGCAACAAGACCCUGGGGAGUGGUGAUGACUCCUUCAACACCUUCUUCAAUGAGACAGAGGCUGGCAAACAUGUGCCCAGGACUGUCUUUGUGGACCUGGAGCCUGCUGUCAUAGAUGGGGUAAGAACUGGCAUUUAUAGGCAGCUCUUUCACCCUGAGCAGCUGAUAUCUGGCAAGGAAGACGCUGCAAACAACUAUGCCCGAGGCCACUACACUGUGGGGAAGGAGAUCAUCGAUCUGGUACUGGAGAGAAUCCGAAAACUGACAGACCAGUGCACUGGACUCCAGGGCUUCCUGGUCUUCCAUAGCUUUGGAGGUGGCACUGGCUCAGGCUUUACCUCUUUGCUGAUGGAGCGGCUUUCUGUUGACUAUGGCAAGAAGUCCAAGUUGGAAUUUGCUAUCUACCCAGCCCCUCAAGUGUCCACGGCGGUUGUAGAGCCCUAUAAUUCCAUCUUGACCACCCACACCACCCUGGAGCACUCAGACUGUGCCUUCAUGGUAGACAACGAGGCCAUCUAUGAUAUCUGCCGCCGCAACCUGGACAUCGAGUGCCCAACCUACACCAACCUCAACCGGCUCAUUGGCCAGAUUGUGUCCUCCAUCACUGCCUCCCUGCGUUUUGAUGGUGCCCUCAAUGUGGACCUCACGGAAUUCCAGACCAAUCUGGUGCCCUACCCCCGCAUCCACUUUCCCCUGGUGACCUACUCACCCAUUGUUUCAGCUGAGAAGGCCUAUCAUGAGCAGCUCUCCGUGUCAGAGAUCACCAAUGCCUGCUUUGAACCCUCCAAUCAGAUGGUCAAGUGUGACCCCCGCCAUGGCAAGUACAUGGCCUGCUGUGUGCUCUAUCGUGGAGAAGUGGUGCCCAAGGACGUGAGCGCUGCCAUUGCCUCCAUUAAGACCAAGCGCACCAUCCAGUUUGUAGACUGGUGUCCUACAGGUUUCAAGGUUGGCAUCAACUACCAGCCCCCCACAGUGGUACCUGGGGGUGACCUCGCUAAGCUGCAGCGGGCAGUGUGCAUGCUGAGCAACACCACAGCCAUCGCUGAGGCCUGGGCCCGCCUCAACCACAAGUUUGACCUGAUGUAUGCCAAGCGUGCAUUUGUGCACUGGUAUGUGGGUGAGGGCAUGGAGGAAGGAGAGUUCUCUGAGGCCCGAGAGGACCUGGCUGCCCUGGAGAAGGAUUAUGAAGAAGUGGGCUCAGAGUCUAUGGAUGGCGAGGAUGAGAGCGAAGAGUUCUAGGGCUUCCUAGCCCCUGCCACACCUGGUGUCUCGCUCUCAGUUUUUUCCUCUCAUUCCAGUGUCUCUCCAACACCCUGCAAAUAUAAUUCAUGUCUCCAGUGGUGUGGGUUUCUGAUGUGGAAUUCUGUCCAGGCAGAGGGCCUUCCCAUUAUUAUCAUUUAUCAUCCUUGCUGAAGGAGAAGGCUGGUGAUGACCUCCAGGGACUCCAGCUAGGGAUGUGUGCAGGAGGGUUGGCACUGCAUCAUUCUGUUAGCAGACUACCCUGAAAAUAUGCACUGGUUCAGCCCUGGGCUGGCCUGCUUCAACUUCAUGUGGGUCCCUCACUAAGUUGCUAAACUGGCUUUGAACUCACCAUUCUCCUGCCUCAGCCUCCCAAGCUGCCCCCAACAUUGUGAGGCAGAAGUUGCUCCAUUUCAAUGUUUGGAAGGAAUCAAGCCUUUUUAAGCAUGUCCUCCUCAUGGCCAACAGAGGGCAGUAGAGGUUGCACUCAGGCCAGUCUGCAGCAGCCAUCUUAAUAUUUAGGGCUCUACCUUGAUGCCUUACAAAGACACAAAAUAGAUUUAAAAAAAAAAAAAAAGGUUGUUAGCCUGAAG